CGCGGGGUCCUCGAUCAGCUGUUCCGUUUGCGCGGGAAACCCGCAAUUUCGUUGCUGAUCUCACUGCGCACAUCUUAAUCUAAGCGUCUACAUCUGUACCGAGUCAGCUGGAGCGAUCAAGAGCCUCCUGGAACAAAACUCUGUGUUUGUCACUCUAGGAGCCGCCUUUGUUCGUAGAGACUGCUCGGGUCGCGAUGUCCGGCGACCUGACCGUGCAAGACCGCGGGGACGCCGCCUCCACGCAGAGCCCCGGGGAGGAGCCGAGCGACGCUGUCGAGCUGAGAGAGGAGCUGCACUUGUACGUCGAACGGGCCACGGAGAAACUCGUGGAGCUCUUGUCCCUGACGGAAGCUGCCGCUCAAGGGGUGCAGAGCCUCUCGGAGCAGUGCUCACAGAAUGCUCGCUUUAUUCGCGCUUGGGUUCUGUUCAUCCGCAGUGGCCGCGGCAUCCAGGUGCCCAACCCCAUGGGGUUGGAAGAGGAGAUGGAAGAGGAGGGGGACCCAGCACAAUAAAUACAAGAGCACCAUGUGCUUUACACAUUUGGUUUUCGUGCCAUUCUUAUCGCAGCACAAAAGCUGUCAUGAAGGUGCUUUGUUUCACAUAGUCUGCAGUAGUUUUGCAGUUGGGGGCGAUGUUGCUUUGUGUUUUCCCAUUUAAAUUAUUUGUAAGCAAGUUUGAACCCGUGAUGUUGGCACUCAUGGCCAUGCACUGUCACAGAAUAUGUAAUAUCCACUGUGAAGCAGAUGGUGUGUAUUUACACCCGCAGUAUUAGUCAAGGCGGCCACGGGGCUUGGACUGUGAACAUCUGCAACAAGUGGUAAAACACGCUAUUGCUUGGCCGUGUAAUUUUCCAUUGAUUUGGAGUAUUAUGGGUAAAAGUAUAUAUUCUUUCCAUAUAAAAUGUUUUAAUCCAUCAGACUAUUGGCUUUUCAAACCCAUAUCCAGCAGCGUUUGUUUACGUUUUGACAUCCUUGGUCUUAGCAAUAGGCUUGCUAAACAUGCUGAUGUGUUUCGGGCAGCAAUAAUGGUCUUCUCCAUAUUCAUCAGCGCUUAAAACAGGGUCACAAUUAGCCUGCCUUUACUCAUUUACCCAUGUUCUUUGUUCAGAUGCAAAUUAAGUCGUUACACAUUGCACAAGCUACAUGCCAUACAGAACACUCAUUCCAAAUAGGUUAUAGAGCUUGUGCAUGAAUGUGUGUAUAUGUGUGAUGUAAAUAAUAUCAUAAGUGCUCGCGAACCGCACUUGCCCCAACAGUCUGUUAUGGCUAUAUGGGGGAUUUUUGAUGUAAAUAACAAUGUCCUUUAAAUUAAGAGCUGCGAUUGGUUUAUACCAACCACCAAGCACAUUCAGCAUUGAACGUUUGUAUUUAGAGGAGUUUGGUAAACACGUUAAGGUAACGUUUGUAUUGAGAGGUGGCUUGUGGUAGUUUGCGAAGAGCUCGAGUCUGGGAAACCCAGACUUAAACGAUGUCCAGUUAUUUGUAAUCGCAGCAACAAAUAUAAAUAAGUACAGUUUGCUAUGUUCAUAUGGUAUUGGAAUGCCCUCAUUUUCUCAUUGUCUUAAUAGUCCGAUUUCCGUUAGCUUCCUGUGGCGUUGACUCCCUGUGCCUGUUAAGUCAGGGCUCAAGGCUUUUCUAUUCACCUCCACCUAAAAGUGCCCACUUAAAUUCUCUCUCUAAAUAAAUAUGCCAACUUAUUUCUGCACAGCGUCUUCUUGAUAUUGUGGUCACGUUUAAAUGCUUGCUGUAGGAAUACUUAUCCAAUUGAAGGUGAGCCUUUUUUAAAUGUUUUCGAAUAUGUACGCAGUAAUUAUGCUGUUGUCCUAACAGUUGUAUAAUGUUUUACACGGUGGAAGCUGAAUUAAAAGGUCAAGACUCGUUGACCAAUCGUUGGUUCCAAGCACAAAUUUAAAACCUUAAUUUAGAGUUACGUUUCAAGUUAGGAGUUAUUUACACUUCUUUAACGGUUCUUGGUGAUGUUGAAAAAUGCAUUUGUAAGUA